CUGUUUUGAGCUUAAUUUGAAAUCAAUACCAAAAAUUUCUAGAAAAGAGAUGGCAGAUUUCUCAGGGCAAUGGGCUUUGGCAUUUGGACUACUUGGCAACAUUGUGUCAUUCAUGGUGUUUCUUUCUCCAAUUCCAACAUUCUAUGCAAUCUACAAGAAGAAAACAAGCGAAGGAUAUCAAUCUAUUCCUUAUGUUGUGGCAUUGUUUAGCUCAAUGCUUUGGAUUUUCUACGCAUUUCUCAAGUCGUCCAAUGCCACUCUUAUCCUUACCAUCAACGCCUUUGGCUGUUUCAUCGAGACCAUUUACGUUUGCUUCUAUCUUUUCUACGCCCCAAAGAAGCUCAGGGUACAAACCCUAAAGAUGAUUGUGCUUCUGAUAAUUUGUGGAUUUGGAUUCAUCGUUGCGUCGACUAUUUUUCUGGUGAAGCCAUCACAACGUGCCAUGGUGGUUGGUUGGAUCUGUCUGGUGUUCUCCUUGUGUGUGUUCGUUGCCCCAUUGUGCAUUCUGAGAAAGGUGAUACAAACUAAGAGUGUUGAAUACAUGCCAUUUCUACUAUCACUAUUCCUUACACUUAGCGCCGUCAUGUGGUUUUUCUAUGGCCUUUUAAUCAAAGAUUACAACGUUGCAAUUCCGAAUGUGCUUGGUUUCAGCUUCGGGUUGAUUCAGAUGGGGCUUUACUUUAAGUACAAAAAUGGGGAGAAAAUGAACAUAAAGCAGAAGCUUCAAGAAACCGUGCUAACUCAAAUUGUAGUGUUGGAGGAGCCAAAAACUGAAGAGCAAAUUAUCAAAUUUAACGAAACAUUAGAUUCACAGAAUAUUCGAGAAGCUUCUAAGAAUGGUGAGAUACAUAAUGAUGAAGUUGAAGGGUCACAUGAUCAAAAAUAAAUAAAAGUGGAUUUAGGUGUGAUCUCAAGAGGAGUUUUAUUGCAUAUCAUAUGUAAUAAUGUUAUGAAGCUUUGCUAAUUCUGCCAUCUCUCCUGCAAUUGUGACUUUGUGA